AAUCAUGGCUCUCCAGUUGCUUUUGAUGGAGAAUCGGCGCGCUUUGCGAAGAGAGCGAGUGUUCAGGGAUAGAAAGAACCCGCUAGAUGAGUAUAAUGAUGUAGAGAUGUACAAGAAAUAUCGAUUUACUCGAUUUGGCUGUCUGCACGUCAUCAACAGAAUUGAGGCAGAGCUGCAUCAUCCGACCCAACGAAACCACGCACUACCAGCAAGCCUUCAGGUGUUCAUAGCCCUGCGAUUUUAUGCCACAGGUUCAUUGUAUGAUUAUGCAGGUGAGAUGCAAGGCUGUAGUAUUGCUACCUGUUCGCGAGUUGUGAGAAGAGUGACCCCUGUGUUAUGCCGUCUUCGUAAUGAGCUAAUUCAGUUUCCGACAACACCGGUAGCUGUGCGAGAGAUGCAGAGGGAUUUGUUUGGCUUGUCAGGCUUCCCCGAACUUGUAGGUGUGGUUGAUGGAACUCACAUUGGUCUGCAUGGAUGCAAUCUUGGGAACAAUGAACACAUAUAUGUAAAUAGGAAGGGCAGACACACCAUCAAUGUACAGGUUGUUUGUGAUGCCCAUUUCAAGAUCACCAAUGUUGUGGCGAGGUGGCCUGGCAGUACCCACGACAGCCGUAUCUUCCAGGCAAGCCGUAUUGGACAGCUGUUCCAACGGCAAGAGCUACAGGGUAUUCUGCUGGGGGAUUCUGGCUACGCGCUUCAGCCCUGGCUAAUGACACCAUUACUCAAUCCAGCCACAGAUGCAGAGAGAGCCUAUUACAGAGCUCAUGCCCACACCAGAGUCGUGAUUGAGCAAGUUAAUGGACAGCUCAAGAAUAAGUUCCGAUGUCUGCUGGGUCAUGGCAUGCAGAUUGUUCCAGAGAGGGCAUGUGACAUCAUCAUCGCCUGCUGCGUGCUUUUCAACAUCAGCAAGUUGUUGAAGGAACCUCAUCUGGAUCCUGAAAACGACCAAGAGGACGAGGAAGACGACAAUGAAGAUGUGGAAGAGGAUGAGGUAGUUGCAGGUGUAACUGGGGCAUCAGUGAGGGCAAGAAUAAUCACCAAUUGUUUUGGUUAACGGU